UUUCCUGGAGUCCAAAGGGCAAGCAGUUGGCCGUCUGUCUCACAGGAAUAAUUCCAAACUUUCCUGCUGUUCCGACUACGGUUAUCCUACAACUGGAUCCCGAAUUACGCCAGAAGCGCCCAAAGAGUGAGCCCAGAGGUGCGCUGGUGGAGAGCUUGGCUGGCGUCUACGACUCCACAGCCGUGCAGCCCUUCCAGUACCACAUGCGACUCUGGCCUAAUUCGGGGUGCCUAGUUGCUGCUACCUGGUCCUCUGGCGGGGAGACCUGCAUCCUCCUCGACGUUCCAGCACUUUCUUCCACCGGUGGUGGUCUGCCGCUCGACAGUCUGCCCAAACUUCUUACUGAGAUGGUCUUACCUUCUACCAGGGCUCCCAUCGCUCUCGGCAUGAGUGCUGUUCUGGUGAGUACUACUGCAGUUCACAUGUCAACCUCUGAUUUGUUCCGUCCCCCCCCCGCAGUAGUCGUGCCGAUCGUCGACAGUUUCCACCGUGUGAUCCGCGUGCAGGCGGUGGCUUGCGCGGGAAUUAGAUUAUAG